AUGCCACGCCUCGCGACCCAGGGGGGAACCGGGAAAGGCCGCCACCCCGGAGGCCCGGAGGCGGCCCCCGAGGGAGGCAAGGAAACGGGGCGAGCCCGCCGCGCACCCCCCCCCCCAAACCCCCCACCCGUCCCGCCCCCGGGGCGCCAGGGGCCAACCAGGACCCACUGGGGCAGCCGGGGGCACAGGCGACACCCAAUGAGCAGCAGCGACACCAGCCCGGGGGAAACCACCCUAAUGCUGGACAUGUCUCUGGGGCCCAGCGCCCCCAAGAGGGCCAGGAGGGAAUGCCACCAUGACCCAGUACCCGGGGCCAGCGGGCCGACCCCAACACCCCAGCCCAACCCGAAGCAAAGGGCCACCAGAGAUCCCCCGUCCCCCGGAGUCCCAUCCAGGCACCCCCCCCACGCCCAGGAACCCCCGCACCACCAAGGAGCAGCCCCCCGCCUAACCAGGACCACCGGAGGGUGGGACGCGGCAACUAUCCCCCAGCAAUGCGUGAGCCCAAGUGCAGAGAGCAAGAGGUCCAGGAAAGACCCCCGGGAGACAGAACAACCCCUGGCAGGACCCACAGUCCCGAAACGGACCAAGAUGCUGAGCCCGGUCCACCGAACCCAGGGCCGCCCAGGCGACGUCACAGGUCGGCCAGCCCGCGGAGGAGCCGCCAAGGCUGAUACCGGCACCAACCCAAAGAGAGAGCCAGACCCCCAGCCACACCCGCCAGCAGAGGAAGGCCCCCGGCCCCCGGAGGACAGAAAGACGGAGGCCCCAGGGAGGCGACAAGACCCGGCAGCCCCGCAGGCACAAGACGAGACAUCCGAGAGGCCCGCCACGCAGAAGGGCAACAGAUCAGGCAGCCCCAAGUUCCAGUCCUCAGCAAAGUCUCCAGUUGAGAUCCUGUUCCCUGAUACUGUCGUACUGGAACCACUGCCUGGAGGUUUGGAGCAGCAGCUCCACAUCCUCACUGCAGAACAGAGCCGUCAGGAGGAUCCAUGA